GGGUAAAGGGUCGAGCGCGUGAAUUUGGAAAUAAAAGGGUUUACAAGAUGGUGAGCAACUAGUAUCAUAUACAUCAUGUUAAAGAAUAAAUAAAGGAAGGAGGUCCACGGAGAUCAUUAAGGGUUGUGAAAACCAAGGACGCGGGAGGGUUGGUGCCACUGAGCGAUUGGGUCGCCGAGAAAAGAGCCCGAGAGACGGCGAUUGUGAGCGUGAAGUUUGAAACAGAGUAAUCCUCAUACCAGGAAGGAGGAAACAAAACAGCUUUAAAAAGUGUUCUCUUUAAUGUUUUGGUUCAAUUUUACUGAGGAUACUUCAAGAGUUGAAAUAACAAGUUGGCUCAGCGUGCAGUCGGGGCACCCGGAUUCAAAAAUAAGUCCGCUCCAGUCACGUGAUAUCUGUCAACUGAAUUAACGGGAACGCUUCGGCGAGACGGAAAUGACGGCGUUUGUUUAAUAUAUCUCUCUUAGCAACGGGGUGCCAGGAAAACCACCAGCUGUUUGUGAACCAAGAUUUUGUUCGAAACGCCGCAAGAACAAUAUAACAACAGUGGAAUUUGUUCAGUAGGAGGUGUCUUACUGCUACUCUGCCUUCACAACAAAUAAAAUGCCAGCUGCCUACGGACUGGAAAAGGGCAACCAGAAACUUCUGGCGACAAUGUAUCAAAGACCUAAGAAGGAUCAUAGAGUAACUGAAGGUUUCACAGUGAAAGCCAUGAUGAAAAAUUCCAUUGUCGUUGGUCCUUCAUCUGCAGGAUCUUUUCGCGAGAGACCCAGUGGACCUACAGCAUUUCGCAAGUGUUAUAAACGAGGCGAUUUCCCUAUUGCCUUAGAACAUGGUUCACAUGGAAAUCGAAUAGCCUGGAAGGAUGUGAUGUCCCCAGCAGCUUGUGCAUGAAGCUUCCUGAUGCUGUGCAAUUCCAUAAGAAGGACACUAGCGGCAUGAAUAUCUGAAGGUCCUGACAAUGACCAGCACUUGCACUUCUCCUACCAUGCAAUUCCACAAGGACGGUGCCAAAGAGCCAAGAUGCAUAAUUAAUGAGGUGAAGAUUGUGUGACAAAAAUCACUCUGAGCCACGUUGGACUGGGACCAUGAAUCACAUUUAACAAAACACUGCAACUGAAGUUGGAAAAAUUCAGUCCCAAAAUUUACAAAUCAAUUAAAAAUAAGUCAGUUUUGUAUCCACGUGCCAAAGCAAUUAGAAUUACAAAUGAAUUAUAUGCCUACAAGUUGUUAAAAUGGACCAUUCCUGAAAGAAAUCAGAGCCAAUGGAAUGCUCAUGUUCCCAAAAAUACUUAGCCUGUUUACUUGAAGGUUACCUGAGCUCAUUGAAUAUUGUGACAGAGCUCUUAAGUGCCUGAAACAAUAAAGAAAAUAUUCAAAAUAUUUAGCGGGGGUCAGCAUCUGUUUUUGAAGAAGGGCUCACAUUAAACACUGACCCCUCUUUUCUCUCUGAUUAAGCUACCUGGCCUGCUGAACAUUUGCAGCAAUUUUAUUUUUAUUUUAGAUUUCCAGCAUCUGAUUUUCUAUUUGUUUCUCUUCAAUCAAUCUUCUCUAAAUAGAGCUCCAGUCUGUAUGAUAUUUUUGGACUGAUUUCCGUUUCCUCAAUCACACAGCCUUAUAUGAAGGUUUUAAAUAGAUGAGUGUAGAAACCAGCUUUUCCUUUAGACCUGACUUCUACAUGAAAGCUGCAAGAAGUUGUCAGUAUAGGUUGUUCAUAAUUAGUUGGUCAAAUAGGUCCCUAUUGUAAUUUAUGAAAGCUCACAUUGAAUAGAUGCACACAACAUCACACAGCUGUAUGUAAUUUCUCCUUAUUCUUCUACUGAGACUUGUACACCAAUGUGCAUUAGGGAGAUCUACUGAACUCAUCCCUCAGAAAAGUAAUUACAAAAAUGCCAAUAUGAUGAUGAAAUGUUUUGUACAUUUAAAUGUGUUUUCAGAUUCAAGCAUGUGAACUCAUAUUUUCUUGCCAAAACUUCGGGUUAAAUUAUAUAAUGCAACAUAAAAUGGAUAAUAUUAUGAAAUAUUUGACAUAAUUUAACAGUUGGUUUGGUACUGUGCUUCAUAGAGUCUUUAAAUACGGAAGAUGACGGUCAUGCUCUUAUCUCUCGAAGAAUAGAUUGAGCCAAAAGAUUGCCCAAUGACUUCUGAAAACUGCAUUUGAAUCCAGUUCAGAUUAAUGGAAUAAACAUUUCCUCUAUCUGCUGACUACAAAGUUUCUCCCUGACCCAGGAUUACUAAGGCCAAUAUCAUUGCCACCAUUGCCAGAGCCGAAACCUGCUAAUUUAGCAUACAAACAGGAAUUGAACCUGCAUUCUUCCGAAUCAGCUUACUCAUCUUCUGCAUGAGAUUUAGUGUGUCAAUUUAUUAAAAAUUUGAUUGGAAAGUUUUUGUACAAUAUUCUCAAAUA